AUGGAAAUAUUUGUAAUAGAUAAGAAAUGUUUCGAUCCAUUAAGUCGUAUACAUUUUUUACCGUUACCACAAUUGGACCUUGUCAGUACAACGAUUAUGUGUGGCGAUGUGAUUUAUAUGGGCAUACGAGGCAAAAAUGCUAUUUUCGCAGAUCUGCGAGGAGGAUCGUUUACAUUUGAUGAUAUGUUUAAUGUUCGUUGGUUGAAGGCACUGCAUUUCAAUUCUCAGUUGCUUCUUACGGAGAGCACAGAUGGAGUGGUAAAUAUUUUUAUGGAUUUUAAAAUGUUUGCAGUAAAUUUCUAUUUCGAAUUUCGAUGCAUUUUGUUUUGGUGUAAAUUUCUAUUUAUUGUUGUGAUAAUUUUGUUUUUUUUUUUGAAAGUGUCAAACUUUUGUUCUGUCUGA